AUGAGUUCGGCCGUUCGACGGGCGUUUCGGCGCAUCGAGGUUCCUCGCGAGACGGAUGUUUCGACAACGGCCUACAUGAAUCACGAUACCAGACCACUGCCACCAUCUCGCCGUACGUAUGGUCCUUGGCAGUUCGUGGGGCUCUGGGUCGUUACUGGAUCCUUCAACAUUGGCGGGUGGACCACCGGCUCUGCCCUGAUCGCACUCGGACUCAACGUAUGGCAAGCUAUGCUUACGGUCAUAAUUGGCCACUGUCUUGUCGGCCUCAUCUGCGUACUGACCGGCGCGCCGGGCGCAAAAUGGCAUAUCGGUUUCUGCAUCCUCCAAAAGUCGAGCUGGGGCAUGUGGGGAGCCUUCAUCCCAAUGGUGCAGCGCAUCAUGCUCUCCUUUAUCUGGUACUCGACCCAAGUUUACUGGGGAGGACAGUGUGUGCGGACCUUCAUCUCCUCCAUCUGGCCCUCUUUCAAUAGGCUUGACAAGCCGCUGGCUGACAGCACUAUGACGGUUGCCGACUUUACGGGCUUCAUCAUCUUCUCGCUGCUCUGUCUGCCUCUUAUUUACAUCCGUCCAGAGCGCUACCACAUCCCAUUUGCCAUUGCCGCCCUUACAGUCAUCCCCACCGUCGUGACCAUUUUUAUCUAUUGCCUUGCGACGGUGGGCGACCUGGGCCCCAUGGCCUCCGAUAUCACGGCAACCGCCGGUAUCAAGCAGGCCACCGGUUCUCAUCUCGGGUGGAUGCUCUUGCUCGGUAUCUGCACUAAUAUUUCCGGCAUCGCCACCCAUCUGUACAGUCAGUCCGACUAUACGCGCUUUGCCCGCAAACCCCGCGACCAGAUCCUCGCUCAGCUCCUCUUCGUGCCGACCAACACCAUCUUCGUCGCCUUUGUCGGCAUAGUCUGCACCUCGUGCGCCGCUGAACUCUUCCCCCACACCCGCGGCACCCUUGUCUGGGAGCCGUACCGCUUCCUCGACGCCCUGCAGGUCCACCAACGACGAUUCGCCGGCGCGGCCGCGCCGCCGUCGCCUUUGCCUCGCUGGCCUUCAUCCUCGCGCAGUUCGGCAUCGCCGUCGCGCAAAACGCCCUCUCCAACGGCAUCGACCUGUCGGCCCUCGCGCCGCGCCUCUUCAACCUCCGCCGCGGCGGCUAUCUCACCGCCGCCUGCGCCUUCAUCCUGCAGCCGUGGCGCCUCAUGA